AUGGCUUCUUGGGAAGACCUUGCUAGGAAUUUUUUGUUGGAAGAGGAAGAAGAAGAUGAGGAGCUAUUCUUUGUUCUUCUCCCUGCUAUAAUGCCCUUUCUCGAAGAAGAGAAAACACCUGAGCACACCUCUUCUCUUCCUGGAGCUAAAAAAGUUAAAGAGAUCCUCGAAGGGCAUGAGAAUUGGUGCAAGGUAGAAUUUAGGAUGGAGACUGAAAUAUUUAGAACUAUAGCAAACUUUCUCAGAGCCGAGAACUUGCUACGUGACACACGUGGCAUGAAGAUUGAGGAGCAACUUGGUCUCUUUAUGUUCAUGCUCUCUCAUAAUGCAAGCACAGAUAGGCUAAAGAAGGAGUUUCAACAUAGCGGUGAGACAGUGCAUAGGAAAAUAAAUGAGGUCUUCGAUAUCAUUCCAGCAUUAAUUCAAAGAUUCAUCAGACUUCCGAACCCAAGCAACACACACGUGAAGAUUACAUGUGACCCUAGAUUUAUGCCAUUCUUUCAGAAUUGCAUAGGUGCUAUUGAUGGUACGCAUGUCCCAAUCACAAUUGGACAAGACAAGGCCAGUCCCUAUAGAAAUAGGAAGGGAACACUAUCGCAGAAUGUAAUGUUUGCUUGUGACUUCGACCUGAAGUUUACUUUCAUCUCAUCUGGUUGGGAAGGAUCCGCAUCAGAUGCAGGAGUGUUGCGGUCUGCUCUUGGCAAGGGGUUUACUGUGCCGGAUGGUAAAUUCUAUCUUGUAGACGGUGGAUAUGCAAACACACCAUCAUUCCUUGCUCCCUACCGAGGAGUUAAGUAUCAUCUCAGUGAGUUUAGGAGACGUGGCCAGAGGGGAAACGCAUAUGCCAACUACAAGGAAUUGUUCAAUCAUCGGCAUGCGAUUCUUCGAAAUCACAUUGAGAGGGCCUUUGGGGUUCUCAAAAAGCGGUUUCCAAUUCUGAAAGUGGGGACACAUUACCCAAUUGAAUCCCAAGUUAAGAUUCCAGCAGCUGCUGCUGUGUUUCACAACAUCAUUAGAGGGUUGAAUGGGAGUGAAGAGUGGUUUGACUACCUACCUGAUAAUAUCAACCCAUCAGAUUAUGUCGACUUGCCAGAGGGAGACACUAACUACCCAAGUGAGAUGGAAUCAAACCAUGGAAAUAUCCUACGAGACCAGAUAGCCCAUCAGAUGUGGGCUGCCUACAAUGUGUAGGAUAGUAGUGUUAGGAAUAUAAUUUAUGAGUUCUAAGUUAUGUAUUUAUGUAAUACAUUCUGUGAUGCAACAGUCUAU